AUGCUGGCAUCAAGACGAGCCGCCUCGCUGGCUCUGAGAGCGAAGCCGGCGAGCCAAUUCCUUCCCCUGCGAUCCGUCGCCGCCAUCUCGACGACAAACAAGAAGGAUGCCACCUCGGUCGCCCCCCACCGGGCUACGGGCCUAGCCGGACCUCGCAAGGAAGUCCCGCUUCCCAGCCAAGAAGGCACCAAGGGCGUCGUCCAAUACGCAUUAACCACCCUCGAUCAGGUCGCCAACUGGGCGCGCCAGUCCUCGUUAUGGCCCAUGACCUUCGGUCUGGCCUGCUGCGCCGUCGAGAUGAUGCACCUCUCCACACCCCGAUACGAUCAGGACAGACUCGGAAUCAUUUUCCGUGCCUCGCCCCGUCAGUCCGACGUCAUGAUUGUCGCCGGCACUCUGACCAACAAGAUGGCCCCCGCUCUGCGCCAGGUCUACGAUCAGAUGCCCGAGCCCCGAUGGGUCAUCAGCAUGGGCAGCUGCGCCAACGGAGGAGGCUACUAUCACUACAGCUACAGCGUUGUCCGUGGUUGUGACAGGAUCGUGCCCGUCGAUAUCUACGUCCCCGGAUGCCCGCCCACGAGCGAGGCCCUCAUGUACGGCAUCUUCCAGCUGCAGCGAAAGAUGAGGAACACCAAGAUCACCAGAAUGUGGUACCGAAAGUAG